AUAUCAACUUGACCAUGUUAGGAGCCAUGCAGGUAUCCAAGAAUGGAGAUCUGGCCAACUGGAUGAUUCCGGGUAAGAUGGUGAAGGGCAUGGGUGGGGCUAUGGAUCUAGUGGCCAGUGCUGGAACUAAAGUUGUUGUUACAAUGGAGCACUCAGCUAAGGGUGGCAAACACAAGAUUCUGGAGAAGUGCAAUCUGCCUCUGACUGGAAAACAGUGUGUGGACCGUAUAAUCACAGAAAAGGCGGUAUUCGAUGUGGACAAGGACAAAGGUUUAACCCUGAUUGAGGUUUGGGAGGGUCUGAUACCAGAUGACAUUAAGAAAUGCACAGGGACUGACUUUGAGGUCUCUCCUAACUUGAAACCAAUGCAGCAAAUUUAACGAUUUUAGAAAAAUGCUUAAGGCUGUUUAGACAGCUGAUGGAAACCACACACUUGUUAAAUCCCCCAUGCAAAUCCUUUUAGGGCUUCAACUGAGGAAAUUUCACUGAAGCAUGUUUAAAACAACAAAUAUCCAACAAGGUCAUC